CGGGUAACUAGGCUUUUGGUUGAUAGUGGGGAUAUAUAGCUAUGUUAUCUUGAACUGCAAUGAAUAGCAUUACGUUAAUGUAUAGUGCAAUAUUUGUAUGGAUAUUUUGAAUUUUAUUAUAUAUUAUAUCUUAAGGAACAAAUACAUAUUUGGGAUAUAUUACUAGAACCAUUUAUAAUAAUCCUAUCGAAUAUUAUUUUACUUAAUUAUUACACAAUAUCUAAUAGAUACAUGAAUCCUUGUCACCAGCCAUUUUUUUUACCAUACAAUUUUUCUGCAGCUCUUCUUGAUCCAAACAGUAUAACUGGGGAUUCGUCUUCCUCAAGUAGAAAUGGAAUUUCGAUCCUGACAGACCCAUCAUUAAUGCAAUUUUAUAUGGAAAAUUCAUGGGUAAAUAAUCCUAUAUUGCUAUCGGCUGCUUUAGUAGCUCAGAAUUAUACACCAUUACUUGGAAUUAAUAACUAUAAUAAUCUUGUUCAAACAUUUUCAGCAACUCCUACAGGAUUUCAAAAUAAUGCUAAUCAAGUAUAUCUGAAUACUCCUAUUAAAGAAAAUAAUGAAUCUAAUAAUAUAGUUUGUACAAAUAUAGAUGUAAAAUCACGUGAAACAGAUAUUAUGACCCAAAUGGAGACUCCUGAUAGAACAUUUCUGGAGAGUUUAGCUACAGCUUCUGUGGCAACUACAGAUACAACUAAUUCUACAUCUGGUGGUAAGAGAAAACGUGAAACAUCUAUAGAAUCUACUUGUAGUAAUGAGACCUCUUUACCAACUGAUAUUAUAGGAUAUGAAACUAGUAACAAAGUAAGUAAGGUUGAAAAUAAUAAAAUUUUACCAAUUUAUCCUAAUGCUCAACCUAUAGAAAAUUCAGUUACAAAUACUAUUUUUCAGUCAUACUAUUAUACUUUACAGCGACAACUUGCUGCUGCUGUUGCAGCUAGUGUAACAACCUCUUCAGAGACCCCAUGCUCAACUCCAACAGCUUUAUCUUCCAAUACACCUUGUUUCUCUCCUAUUAAUACUUCUGUACAGUCUAAUAUGAAUGAAUUACAUUUACCUUCAAUUAUUGCAAACUCUAAUACACCCAAGACUAAUGAUGAUGAAAUUCAAAUUAUAGAUGAUCGUCAAACUCCAUUUGAGAAGAUAUUACGUAUACACUCAAGCCUUGUUGGUUCAUUAUCCUGGUUACCUCCAAAAGAUAUAAAUCACACAAUUUUAAAAUCUCCUGAAUACGAUAAUAAGAAUGAUCAAGAUAAAGAAAAUGUUAAUGAAGAUUAUGAUCCAUUUAAACAAAGGAAAUAUGACGAUCCACAUGUUACUUGUUUUUCACCUAGAAUGUUACCAGAUUGGCAACUUAAUUGGUUACGUGAUGUAACUCGAUCACUACCAAGUGUUCCAAAAAGUCCAAUGACGGGGAUACACUUUGAUAGAACUAAACCAGCAUGGGCUGUUUCUUAUUAUGAAUGUGAAACUAGGAAGUAUUAUUUCUUUUUCAUUCCAGAUUUAUCACAAAAUACAGUUGAAAUAACCUUAGCAGCUGCUAUUGGAUGCAGACAAAAUGUUGUAGCUCGUGGGGCUCAUAAGAGAAAAAAGCCAGGUGUACUAACUUUCAAUCUUUAUAGUGGACAAUUUGAAAAGUCUAAUUCAUCUAAUUCAGUAAAUUCCUCUUCUCAAAAUAGAGGAUCAAAUAUUCAAAAUGUAACUAAUCCAAUUUUAACACACAAUUUAUUUCCAAUAUUAGACCCUAGUUAUGUUCAAAAUUCAUCUCACAAUAAUGCAGCUUUGUUAUAUGCUGCAGCUUUUAUGUCGGGAAGUAACUCUCUAGUGAAUUUUGAGAGUAAUUCUGAAUCUAAAAAUAAUAAUUCUAUUGAUGAGCAGAUGACUAGUAAAUGAAAUUUUAAUAUAUAUUAUAAUUUAUUUAUUUAAGGCAAUAGUUUUAUAUUUAGAAGGCUAGUUUAAUA